UGUUCUCUGGCCAAGUCUGCCCCGUGCCAGGGGUGCUCUGGAGCCUCCCAACUUGGCAUCUGAGCCCCUUGCCCCGGGAGGGACAGAUGCUGGUCCCUGAAGACAAACUCGAGUCCAUUCCUUCCCGCUGAGCCUCGGAGACCUCGAACCAAGCUGAAGGAGGCCCGGUGCUGAGUGGGUGAGUCACCCACAGGCUGGAAUCGGCCCCCUGUCUCCUUCCCUUCACCUCUUCUUUCUGCCGCGCGGGGAUCCCAGCAUGGAAGAAGGAGCGGACUUUGACAGCUACUACCCGGGAGAGAACCAGACCGUCGAGUGUGAGUACACAGACUGGAAGUCGUCGGGGUCGCUCAUCCCUGCCAUCUACAUCCUGGUCUUCCUCCUGGGCACUACCGGCAACGGCUUGGUGCUCUGGACCAUCCUGCGGGGCAGCCGGGACAAGCGGCGUUCCGCCGACACCUUCAUCGCCAGCUUGGCGGUGGCCGACCUCACUUUCGUGGUGACGCUCCCUCUGUGGGCCACCUACGCCUACCUGGACUACACCUGGCCCUUCGGCGCCUUCGCCUGCAAGGUGAGCAGCUACCUGAUCUUCGUCAACAUGUACGCCAGCGUCUUCUGCCUCACGGGCCUCAGCUUCGACCGCUACCUGGCCAUCGUGCGGCCCGUGGCCAACGCCAGGCUGAGGCUGAGGGUCAGCGGCGUGGUGGCCACGGUGGGCCUGUGGAUCCUGGCCGCCCUCCUGGCCCUGCCCGCCAUGGUCUUCCGCUCCGUCGGAGAGCUGGAGAACAACACCAAGCUGGUGUGUUACAUGGACUACUCCCUGGUGGCCGCUGCGGGGUCCGAGCUGGCCUGGGAGGUGGGGCUGGGCGUCUCGUCCACGGCGCUGGGCUUCGUGGUCCCCUUCACGGUGAUGCUGACGUGCUACUUCUUCAUCGCGCGCACCAUCGCCGGCCACUUCCGGAAGGAGCGCAUCGAGGGCCUCCGCAAGCGCCGGCGGCUGCUCAGCAUCAUUGUGGUGCUCGUGGUGACCUUCGCGCUGUGCUGGCUGCCCUACCACCUGGUGAAGACCCUCUACAUGCUGGGCAGCCUCCUGCACUGGUCCUGCGACUUCGACCUCUUCCUCAUGAACGUCUACCCCUACUGCACCUGCGUCAGCUACGUCAACAGCUGCCUCAACCCCUUCCUCUACGCCUUCUUCGACCCCCGCUUUCGCGAGGCCUGCAGGGCCAUGAUGUGCUGCGGCCACAGUGGGUGCUGGGGGGCUGCCCCCGGGGGCGGGGAGAAGUCAGCCAGCUACUCCUCGGGGCCCAGUCAGGGUCCGAGCCAGAACCCAGGGAAGGGCGGGGAGCAGCCCCAGGAGAAGUCCCUCCCUUACAGUCAGGAGACCCUAGUGUCCGACCACAUCCUGGGAUAGAAAAGCCAGCCUCCUUCCCCAGCCCCCCUCCAGCUCCCUGAGCCCCGGGGAGAGCCACCAACUGUCCCCAACUCCCGGCUUCCCUCUGCGAAGAUUCCCUCCUUCUCCCACCUCCUCACCCUUUCUUCUCUUUUCCCUCCAUUUCUCCUUGCUUCCCUGCCUGGCCCCUAGUUCUAGCCUUGCCUUCUCUUUCCUCACGCUUAUUCUCCUGCCUCCCAGCCCGGGGAUUUGAGGGUCUGAAGACAUCUAGGCCACCUUUGGACCAAACCUUCCCGUUUCAUAAAGGAGGUAACUGAGGUCUAGAGAGGGGGAAUGACUUUUCCAGUGUUACCAUAGGUAAUGAGGGGGAAGAUAUCAGAUUUGAACCCAGGACUCAUGACUCUAAGACUAGGGCUCCUUUGCUUCCCUCCUCUUUCAGCCCUCUUCUGUUUCUACUAGCUGCUUUCCCAUCCUUUCCCAUUUUCCUUUCACAAUCUUUCAAGAGGUCCCGGGAUGGAGGAAUACAGGGGAAUGGCCAAGCUUCUCCCCACCCCCCUCCUGGAGGCUGCAGAAGUCUCUGUCCUGUUGUUUCUUCAGGGAGGGGCCCUUCCCUUGCAGAGGGAGAGUGGCAGAGUGGGACCCGAUGGGCCCUGGAUUCUGGAUGGAGAUCUCAGUGGCUAAUGGCUCAGCUCAGUCCGCCCCUGGGCCAGGCUGAACUCUCCUAGAGGGACCUAGGAACUCCUUGGAAAUAUAUUUCCCAUCUGCUAUUGCUCUGCCCUUCUUAAUAUUGGGGUCAGGAAGA